UUUAUCCCCCCUCCCCCUCCCUUCCGCUGUCUUUGCCAGCUCUCGGCUUCUUUCUCUCGUUUAGGUAGCAUUCUGACGCUCAAUUGAGGUCCAAUUGCUGCAGCCAUGGCAGCGCUUCUACCCAUUCCCAGCGUGGACAGGCCUUUUGGCAUCCACCUGUGGCCGCUCUUUAACAAGGCGUUUGAGUAUGUGGCAGGAUAUCCUGCGGACGAGUUCGAGUUUGUCGUUGGCAAGACGCCCAUGUCGACGCUGAGAGACACUUCCAUUUUUGUCGCCAUUUACUAUCUCGUCAUUUUUGGUGGCCGAGAGCUGAUGCGGAACCGGGAGCCCUUUAAGCUGAAGACGCUCUUUUUGAUUCACAACUUUGUCCUCACAGUUGUCAGCGCGGUCAUCCUGGUGCUUUUCAUUGAGCAGCUGUUUCCCACCAUUGUUCGCCGUGGAGUUCUCUACGCCAUUUGCGAUGCUGAUGGCGGCUGGACGCAGCCCCUCAUUGUCCUGUACUACAUGACCUAUCUUAGCAAAUACCUUGAGCUCCUGGAUACAGUUUUCCUGUUUCUCAAGAAAAAGCCCCUGACUUUCCUUCAUUGCUACCACCACGGCGCAACGGCUGUCCUUUGCUAUACCCAGCUAAUUGGUAGCACGUCGGUCCAAUGGGUUGUCAUUUCUCUCAACCUCUUCGUCCACGUUGUCAUGUACUGGUACUACUUCCAGAGCGCCCGUGGGGUGCGCAUCUGGUGGAAAGAAUGGGUUACUCGCCUGCAAAUCAUCCAGUUUGUCAUUGAUCUCGGCUUUGUGUACUUUGCGUCGUACACGUACUUUACGUUCACUUACUGGCCUUGGAUGCCCAACUGGGGAAGCUGCGCCGGCAGAGAGUUCGCUGCCUUUUCCGGCAUCAUUAUUCUCAGCUCUUAUCUAGUCCUCUUUAUUUCCUUUUACUUUGCCACCUAUGCAAAGAAAGGAGGCAAGGCUGCCGCUCGAAAGACAUCACGCAAAAUUGCUGAAGAAACAGCUCCAGCCCCUAGCGCCCUCGUCGACUCCAUCACGAGCGAAAGCAGCACUAUGGCCAACGGCUCUUCGACUCGAUCUCGGAGAGCAAGAAAUUGAUUGGCAUAGGUAGCCGGUGUAAUAGCAAGAUAUAUAUCGAGUAUAGCUGGUAAAUUAGCUGCUGUGGUAAUGUGAGGGGAGAGAUGAAACAUCUCAGAAGGCGGAUAUUACAUGAUUGUUAGAUUAUAGAAAAGCAUAUAUACUUAAGGGAGGUAGGCGUAGGUUGCGGCGCUGAGAAUUUAUUAUCUAAUUGCUUAGUGCAUGUAUAUACUCAUCGGAUAAAUCAGGCGUUGGAUGGGGGCCUGCAACAAUACGACUGGCCUGCUUGAUGUCUUUCUUUGUCUUUCUGACCUUAUCACAUAAAAGUUCCAUCUAAAUGGAUGCAAUAUAUUUUUACAAUGUAC